AGCCGUGGGGCCCCACCCCCCGCCGCCGCGACUUCGACCUUGGACUCAGAGAGGCUCUGAAAGAGGUGCCAUGAAGCGAGCUGCUGCUUGGCUCUUCGGCUCGGAGGAGGACCGGCAACGGGAGUUGCUGGUGGGCGAAGUGCUCCAGCGCUUGAAGCAGGACCACAGCUCGGUGCAGGGGGACCUCCUGGAACUGCCCCAGUUCCGCAAGCCCGAGGCGCUGCUCGCGCACAUGCGAAGGAAGCAGCUCUCAGAGGGCGACGCGGAGUGGAUGGAGUUGCUCAGCUUGGCGCUGGAGAAGCGCACGCAGGACGAUUUGAAGCGACUCACCAUCCUCAUGGCGAAGAAGAGGCAGUUCUUCGAGUACCUGGUGCAGCACUUCCAAGCGCUUCACGUCCAGCAUACGCUGGACGACAUGGAUCUCGAUGCCGUCCUUCAGCUGUACCAGGUGAGCAAGCAAGGCCCAAGCGACGUGUCUUCCUCGAAGCGCCGGCGGAUGUCACGCGCUUCGAAGGCCGGCCCUGGCGCCUGCGGCCCGGUGGGUCUCAUCGCGGAGAACCUGCAGAAGAAGCUGGAGGUGGAGAUGGAGCAUGAAUCGAGCCGGGCGGGCACUAUAUGCCUUUUGCGGGAUGUGGUGGUGCACCGGUACCAGAUGCUGCCGAAUGAAGCCCACAUCACCCGCCUGGUGGAUCUGAUCGAAAGCUUUGGGCGAGACAUGGACUUGGAGCCCUGGGCGGAGACGGCGGACCUCGCGGUGCUGCAGCAGGUGCUGGGCCGAGGCACGGCGGCGGAGUCGCUGGGCGCCGUGGCCGCCGUCGUGGGGCGGCGGUGCCUGGCGGCGGGGCAGGCGCUGGCGGCGGCGGCGGCGUACCGCCAGCACUGGCAGUGGACGAAGGAGCCCAGCGCGCGGGGCAAGCUACUGGAGGUGCUGCUGACUUGCCUCGAGGAGGGGCAUGAGUGCCUGGACGACGGGGAGGUGGUGGCGCUCUUGUCGGCAGAGCACCGCUGGGACACGCUCGUGGAGCUGCGCUCACGGCUGUCGCUGGCCGGGCGAGAAUUCACGGAGAAGACACAGCUCCCGCUGCUGGCGGAAGCCUUGCUGGGUGCCGGGGAGGUGCAGGAGGGCAGUGGCUUCUUGGUGCGCUUGGCGUGUCACCUGGAAGCCAAGGGCCGCAAGAAGGAGGCCUUGAGCCACUUCCGCAAGGCUUUUGCGGUGGAUCCGGACAACAUGGAGAGCCAGGAGGGCAUGUGCCGCCUAGCGGUGGACUGUGGCUGCGUGCAAGACGCCGCCACGGAGCUCAUCCUUCCGGUGCUGAAGUUUGACACGGCGCAGGCGGCCCUGGUGGCGGAACGGCUGCGAAGGGCGUUCUCCCUGCUCACGAAGCACACCGACCGCGCGGUGCGCCGGGCCAGCGCGCCCUGCGCGCCGGCGCCCGGCACGCCCGGCACGCCCGCGCCGACUCCGACGGAGGCGGAGAAGGAGGGGUACUCCACGCCCGCGCCCGGGCCAAGAAUGGUCUACCGCGCGGUGCGCCGGGCCAGCGCGCCGUGCGCGCCGGCGCCCGGCACGCCCGGCACGCCCGUGCCGUCGGAGUCGGAGAAGGGUGGGUACUCCACGCCUGUGAUGCCGGUCUAUGAUUCCUUGCUCGCCAGCCUGGUGGGGGAGGACAAGAGCGAAACGAGCCAGAGCCAAAGCAUUGGGUCUUCGUUUCUGCCCAGCGUGCACUCCUGGACGCAGCAGGUGCCCAAGCUAAGGGAGCGGUAUCCGGACAAAGUCCCGGCGGUUUGCUUCCCGGCGCUGGACCCCAACGAGGAGCCCUCGCCGGAAGUGAUGAAGCCCGUGAAGUUCCUGCUGCCCAAGGAAACCACCUGCACCGCGCUGAAAGGAGUUUGCAGAGAAAGCUGGCAGAUGUUCCGGAGCAAGGCCUGCGCUCCAUCCUGGGCUGCGGCUCCGAGGUCAGCAAACCCAUCCACCACGCCGAGACCGCCGGGGCGCUCUUCGAGAGCGCCACCAGAAGGACCAAUGCCUGCAGCUCAGAUUCACCGCCGACCACAUCGCGGGCCGCCCGAGACUGGAGCUCUUUCUGGCCUGAAGGCCUGAAGGUGAACUUCCUUGAAAAGGGUGAUGCUGACGGUGGACAUCGGGAACCCUGACGUCGGUAUUGCAGGCCAAGCCUCCGGACGACGAAUGCCAUGAGCUGCUGCUCAAGCUCGGCAGUUCCGCGGAGCAACCCCCCUGCAAAUUUACAACCCGGUUAUUUCGGGGGUGCCCCA